AGGAGGAGUUCCUGUACUGUGAUAGAUGCAAGCAGGGAUAUGCUGGGAAUCUAUGUCACAAGUGUUCUCCGGGUUAUUUCCGUCAUGGAACCUCAGACAGAUGUAGACCAUGUGCCUGCAGAGGGAACAGUGACAAAUGCAAUCCAUAUACAGGAGAGUGCAUUGACUGCCGACAUAACACAACAGGAUUUUCCUGCGAUAAGUGUAAGAAAGACUAUCAAGGGGAUCCUGCUAUUUUCAAAAACUGCACACACAAAGAUGACCUGAAGCCGAAGUCUCCUACUCACACUCUCGUGAUUGCAUUAGUGUGCGUAAUAGUGGUCCUUGUCAUCUUGGCGAUCGUAGGAAUAAUCAUUUACAGGAAAUGGAAGGAACAUCCAGCAGCUAAACCCUUCUGGACAGUUGAGCUUCAGGAUGACCAUGAAGGCGUCAAUUUCAGUACCGUUCCUGAAGACGACCUUCAAAAUCAUGUUGAAGAUAUGAACUUCUAUGAAAAACAAAAGUCCAAACGAGGGAAACAGAAAUAUUCUCCUCUUAGAGAAGAUCUAUAAAUUUUUUUCUACCUGUCUGGAACAAUAUGAUGAGGUACCUUACUGCCUCUCCUGAACUUAUAAUUAAACAGUAAUCUAGUCAGCCUAUCAGGUCCAACCACACUAAAGGAGGGAACCACAUUUCAUCCUUUCUCCUUGUCAAUCUAUGGAUCACCUUGUCAGAGACAUUCUUCGAGUAGUCUUUCAUCUGUAACUGUCGGAUUUCAUCUGUGGAUAUUUUUUAGUUGGGUAAGCCAAUACAACCAGAGUUAUGGCCCUUAGUUAACUUUGUGUCAUAUUGUCUGGAGAUAUUGUGUACACUUUCAGGGUACAUGCAUAUUUUUGUACACUGUAUCUUCUUCCUUUGUUACUUUGUGUCUCUUUGGGUAGCUGAGUGUCUGCAUUAAUUAUACAUAUAUAGGUUGCCAUUUAAAAAAAUGAUUUGGAAAUAUGACAAAUUCUAAAAUCUUGAAAUAUUUUUGUGUGAAAAAAGUC